AUGGAGGCCAAGCCGAAGAGUCAAAAAAGUUUCGUCUUCUUACAGAAUAGUUUUCAGAAAAGUUUGAAAGUGUUUUUGAGGGAAACCGGCCUGCAUGGCCUCAAGUUUGUGGGCGACUCAACGCUCAACAUCUGGGAGCGAUCCUUCUUCCUGAUAGCCUUUGUGGCCGCAUUCGUCAUGACCUGCCAGCUGAUAUCGAACAUUUAUGCCAAGUGGGAUAGCACACCAGUUAUCAUUGGAAUCAGUCCGCAUGCCACGUCCAUACGCAAGGUGCCCUUUCCAUCUGUAACCAUAUGCAACAUGAAUCAGUUUCAACGCAGUAAAGUCAUAAAGUACAAAGAGGGUUCGGCUGAGUUCGAUGCCAUGAAAGUGCUUUGCAAUCCCCACUCGGAGGAGAUCGAAAGAGGUAUUGAGGCGGACAGCCCCUCAUGGACCUCGACUAUCAACGCCAGCAACACCCUCAAGAUAACCGACUUUGUCAAGAACCACGCCCAGCCCUGCAGCCAAAUGCUGCGAUACUGCAGAUUCAGUGGAAGGGAAGUCAACUGCCACGAAAUAUUUCGCAGCAUAAUCACAGAUGAGGGCUUGUGUUGCGUCUUUAAUAUUCUGCCUGCACCAUUUCUAUAUAAAUCACGUGAAAAUGAGAGCAUAAGCAAUUUUACAGCGCUUGGAUAUACACCUGUGAGAUGGGAUCCCGAAUCGGGAUAUCCCGCGCAGCUGCCCAACCUGUUCUAUCCACUGCCGGCAUUCGGCACAGGCAUCACAAUGGGCUUUACUGUGGUUCUAGAUGCGCAGCUGAGCGAAUAUUACUGUUCGUCCACGAAUGGACCUGGCUUUAAGAUUCUCUUUCACAAUCCCAUAACGCUGCCCAAUGUCAAGGAGGAGGGCCUCGUGCUGGGCAUUGGCUAUGAGACGAACUUUCGGCUCGCGGUCAGCAGGUCGGAGGCGGUGCCAACAAUUCGUGGCAUAUCCCGCGACGACCGUCAGUGCGUGUUCAACAAUGAGAAGAAGCUGAUCUACCACAAGGUCUAUACGCACAACUACUGUGAAAACGAAUGCAUUGCCAAAUACCUGUACACGGCUUGCAACUGUAUUCCCCACAGCUAUCCGCAUAUCUAUCAGAAUGCGAGUGUUUGCAGCGUUAGGGAUGCGGUCUGCAUUCGCAGGGCCCAGCGGCCGGAGAACAGGCAACAGACGGCCAACUGCCGCCAGGACUGUCUGCCCAGCUGCUUCGACCUGAGCUAUGCAGCCGACUCGCUGUAUUUCCCCCUGGCCAAACGGGACUUCCAGGUAUCCAAUAAGCUCGUGGCCAAUAUGAACAAAACCUAUCUGCUGGAGAACAUUGCCGUCAUGAAUUUAUACUAUCGCGAGUCGGCCUACUACGGCACCAUGAAAAACGUCUACAUCGGCUUCACAGAGUUCUUGUCCAACAUUGGCGGCGUCAUGGGCCUCUUCAUGGGCUUCAGCGUUAUCUCAAUAGCUGAAAUGCUUUACUUUCUCAUACUAAAGCCCAUCUCAGAGCUUAUAGCCUGGAAACGAGGCAACGAAAAACUACACGACCUUAAGACGACUCCAACAAGACAUCCAUUCAAGCAAAAUAAUUCAGUGUGGCAUACAAAGGAGUUGUAUCCCAAGGGCAUGUCAUCCAGCAAAAUGCAGCCACGCAGCAAGGAAAAAGUACGUUUAGUCAAAGAUAGAUACAAAUACUAG